AUGCCUAAAGCAAUUAUCGCUCCCAGCAUUUUAGCAGGCGAUUUUUCACGUUUAGCAGAAGAAGGAAUUAAAAUGAUAAAAAAUAGUGCAGAUUGGCUGCAUCUUGACAUCAUGGAUGGUCAUUUCGUCCCAAAUAUUACAAUUGGAGCACCAGUAGUUAAAUGUUUACGAAAAGCUAUUCCUAAAAGUGAUGUUAUUUUCGAUUGUCAUAUGAUGGUAUCAAAGCCAGAACAAUGGGUUCAUGAUUUUGCAGAAGCUGGAGGGGAUAUAUAUUGUUUUCACUAUGAAGCAACAAAUAAUCCGUCAACACUUAUAGAUAUUAUACAUAAAACAGGAAUGAAGGCAGGGAUUGCUAUAAAACCAAAGACACCCGUUUCAGUUUUGUUUCCUCUUGCAGAUCGUUUGGAUAUGAUACUAAUAAUGACGGUGGAACCUGGAUUUGGUGGUCAAACAUUUAUUCCAUCAUGUAUUUCUAAAGUACGAGCUCUUCGCCAUCGAUAUCCAGAUCUUAAUCUUGAAGUUGAUGGUGGUCUUACCGAAACUAAUGUUACUCUUGCUGCUGAAGCUGGUGCCAACGUUAUUGUUGCAGGCACUAGUAUUUUUCAAGCUACGCAUCCCAGUACUGUUAUCCAAACAUUUCGUCGAAUAGUUCAUACUUAUCAACCUUCAUCAUCUCCUUCAUCUCCUUCACCAUUAUCACCUUCUUCAUCACCUUUUUCGUCAUCUUAUACAUCAUCCUCGCCACUUCCACUUCCUCCACCUUAA